AUGGCUGCAACUGCAACGGAGCCAUCAUCAUCCAUAAGCUUCACAUCUUCUCACUUAACAAAUCCUCCUCCUAUUGCUACCAAUCAUCAAUCAGCUGCUAAUCUUGAAGCUGCGAGUUUAGCCAAGCUCAGUUCCAACUUGGAGCAGCUUCUCAAUUGUGAUUAUACUGACGCAGAGAUCAUCAUCACCGGAGAAGAAGCUCACCCAGUGAGUGUUCAUAGAUGCAUAUUAGCUGCAAGAAGCAAGUUUUUCCUUGAGCUGUUCAAGAAAGACAAAGAAAGUAGUGCAAAGAGUGAGACGAAACCAAAGUACCAUAUGAAAGAUCUCUUGUCUUAUGGAAACGUGGGACGUGAGGCUUUCGUUCAUUUCUUGAGUUACAUCUACACUGGGAAGUUGAAGCCUUACCCAAACGAGGUUUCGACUUGUGUUGAUACAGUUUGUGCUCAUGAUUCUUGUAGACCUGCCAUUGAAUUUGCUGUUGAGUUGAUGUAUGCUUCACAUGUGUUCCAAAUCCCUGAGCUUGUGAAGUCGUUUCAGCGGAGGUUGAGUAACUACGUUGAGAAGUCACUAGUUGAAGAUGUUCUUCCGAUUCUUUUAGCUGCGUUUCAUUGUGAUUUGACUCACCUUCUUGAUCAAUGCAUAGAGAGAGUUGCAAGAUCAGAUCUUGACAGGUUCUGCAUCGAAAAGGAGCUUCCUUUAGAAGCAUCAGUGAAAAUCAAACAGCUUCGAGUAAAAUCAGUGAACAUCCCGGAAGUUGUAGUGGUGGAUAAGUCUCUAGAGAGAACAGGGAAAGUCCUCAAGGCAUUAGAUUCAGACGAUCUCGAACUCAUGAAGCUUCUCUUAACCGAGUCAGAUAUAACUCUAGACCAAGCCAAUGGUCUGCAUUACGCAGUGGCUUACAGUGAUCCUAAAGUUGUGGCAGAGGUUCUUGCUCUAGAUAUGGCUGAUGUGAAUUUCAGAAACUCACGUGGUUAUACGGUUCUUCAUUUCGCUGCUAUGCGUAGAGAGCCGUUGAUUAUCAUAUCGCUUAUUGGCAAAGGAGCUAACACUUCGGACUUGACGGUUGAUGGACGCAGUGCCAUUAACAUAUGUAGGAGACUCACUAGGCCUAAAGAUUACUAUACCAAAACCGUAAAAGGGCAAGAAGCUAACAAGAACCGCUUGUGCAUCGAUCUUUUGGAGAGGGAAAUUAGAAGGAAUCCAUUGGCUAGUGGUGGUGAUACACCUACUUGUUCACAUUCUUUGCCUGAGGAUCUUCAAAUGAGGCUGCUAUACUUAGAGAAGCGAGUGGGGCUUGCUCAGUUGUUCUUUCCAGCAGAAGCCAAAGUGGCUAUGGACAAUGCUAAUGUUGAAGGGACGAGCGAGUUCACAGGUGUUCUUGUUCAACCGCCGUCGAAUGGUGCAACCGGAAACUUGAGUCAGGUGGAUUUGAAUGAAACGCCUAUCAUGCAAACUAAAAGACUUCUUGCUCGCAUGGAAGCUCUUAUGAAAACAGUUGAGACAGGUCGGAGGUUUUUUCCAUCUUGUUAUGAGGUUAUUGAUAAGUACAUGGAUGAGUAUAUGGACGAGGACAUACCUGACAUGUCGCAUCCUGAGAAAGGCUCAGUGAAGGAGAGGAGAAUGAAGAGGAUGAGAUAUAAUGAGCUGAAGAACGAUGUUAAGAAAGCUUAUAGCAAAGACAAAGAGGCCAAGAUUGCUAGGUCUUGUCUCUCUGCUUCAUCACCUGCUUCUUCUCUUAGAGAGGCCUUAGAGAAUCCCACAUGA